CAGCCAGAACAAAGGGAGCCGGGACCUGAGUCAGAUAAGGGGGCAUAGUAGGACUAUCAGGACCCCUUCCCAGGGAUGCCAGGAGUCUGCAGCACGGCGCUCUGUCAGUUGUAACUGCAGGAGGGAGAUAUCAGUACCUUAAUAAUAUAUAUAUUGCUUAUUAAUCAUAUUUAUUAAAUGUCUCGAUCUGAUGGAUUUUGGAGGAAAGUGAGAGAAAGUUAUUACCCUGUAAGAGGAGGAGAGCAGAGAAGGGCAGCAGCCACUGCUGGAGCAGCUGUCUGUUCCGUCCUACUGCUUGCCCAGUCUUUUGUGUCUGGAUAGAGAAAGGGCAGAAGGGGGUGGCUGCAGGAUCUAACGGGUCUCUCUGGGAAGUAGGAGAUUUACAGGAAAUUUGGAGAGCAUCCGGCUACAGAGGGACAGGGAGAAACAGAUAGAAAGUAAAGGAAGAAGAGGAUAAAGUAACAGGAAAGAAUGAAAGGAACAGACAUGGAAAAGGAUUGUUCGGAACAGCCCAUUUUCAGCACGAGAGCUCACGUUUUUCAGAUUGACCCUGUCACCAAAAAGAACUGGAUUCCAGCCAGCAAACAUGCUGCCACUGUUUCCUACUUCUUCGAUGCCACUAGAAAUGUGUAUCGUAUAAUCAGUGUUGGUGGCACCAAGGCAAUCAUCAACAGCACCAUUACCCCUAACAUGACCUUCACCAAAACCUCACAGAAGUUUGGACAAUGGGCUGACAGUCGCGCUAACACCGUGUAUGGCCUGGGCUUCGCCUCUGAACAGAACCUGUCCCAGUUUGCAGAGAAGUUCCAGGAGGUGAGGGACGCUGCUCGUCUGGCAAGAGAAAGAUCCCAGGAUAAAACUGAGCUGACAAACCCGGCCCUUAAUAUCACUGCACAGCAGGUUGUACCUUCUCCCAUUAUUAGUAUCAAUGGGCCGGGAGAUGACAAGCUCUUCAGGAGCCAGAGUGCAGAGAUGGAGCUCAGUACAGAACGAGAAAGGGUAAAGAAGAUGCUGUCAGAAGGCUCAGUGUGUGAAGUGCAGUGGGAAGCUGAGUUUUUCAGUCUUCAGGACAACAACAACAAGCUGGUGGCUGCUUUGCGGGAAGCUAAUGCCAAUGUGGAGAAGUGGAAGAAGCAACUGGCUGGGUAUCAGGAGGAGGCAGAGGGGUUACGACAAAGGGUUGCAGAGUUGGAAUCUCAGUCCACCACAGUCUCCUCCACAGACCAGGAGAAUGAUCUCUCAGAGAGAUUGCAGGAUCUGGAGAUCCUGCUUAAAAGCAAAGAAGAGGAGAUUCUUCACUUGAAAGGACAGAGACCAGAGCUCACAGAGCUGGAGAGUGAGAGGGAUGAUCUGCUGCAGAAACUUCAGGAACUUGAAGAUCGAAACCAGGAGUUGGAGAAAGAGCUACAGAAGGCCAAGCAGAGUUUGAAAGAAACACACUUAGAAAGAGAUAAGAUACGGGAGGAAAUCAACAGAGCUGGGGAUGAGCUGGACAUAAAAAUUUGUCAGCUCAAUGAGUUGCGUUUGGGUCUCUCCCAACUUCUAGAAAGCAACUGAAAAUGGAUGGGUAGUUGCUGACUAAAGUAUUGAUUAUGAUUGUACAACUAUUGGGAUUUGAGACCUGCUCCUGAGAACUUACAAGAGGCAGAGAAGCCUGAAUUACUGCAGGACAACUAUAGCUACUCAACAUUAUACUUACUGGCUUCUUGAGAAAUAAAGGUUUCUAGGCCAGUUAGCUGUAGAAGUAGCAAAUCCAGGUCACUGCACAUCCAAGACCAGCAUACUUUCUGCUCUUAUUUCUUAGAAUUAUGCUUCAAGUAUAAUAGAAAUAGUAUUAUUUUUUUGCGCAAUUUUAACCACUUUCCAACAAGGAACAAUAGCCAUGAAACAAAACCAAAACUAAUUAUCUGUACUGUGAAACAACUGGUAUUUUCCAUGUAAAGCAUAAAUGGAAUAUUUCCUAUUAAGAGGUACAGGACACUGUAUAAUCACUGUGUAUUACCACUUCAUAGACCAGAUUUAUCAGGGCUGUAGCAUCAUCCCUUCCCGUGACACUUGGGACCAUCUAUGUAAAUGCCUUAAUUAAAUGUAUAGCCGGACUGGCAUCAUUCUCUCCCAAGGUGGGAAUACAGUGACACAGAUAUUCUGUCUUAAUCCAUUUUAUUAAAGGUACUUUUCAUCUACAGGACGAACAGUGAUGGUACUGCAGCUUCAUAAGACUUGCACACAGAUAACAGCAGUCCUCCUUGUCAGGGAUAAUCCUUUUAAAAUGCAUGGAAUAAUUUCUCGAUUAAAAAAACAAAUGUG